ACAUUCACGUCCUCCCAGGAUCCAGUUGUGACCGGUCCAUUUCCAGGUGUUCUGGUCGACCCAUCCUAGAGCCUCUUUCUCUCCCUGUUUCUUCCCUCUCCAGAGGAAGCCUCACAUUCAGAAUUACAUAGAGUUGAAAGCAGGACUUCAAGGAUUGGUAGGUGGUUUCACAAUGUUAACAGGCAAAAAGUAAACACAUGCCUUGCCAUCCAUAAUCAGGUGUGGAGUUAACAAGUGCUCCUGAGAAGAUGUUGGUGCUAAACUGUUCUACCAAAUUACUCACCCUGGAAAAAGUGUUGAGGAGUCACUUUCCUGAAUCACUCAAGGUUUAUGGAGCAGUGAUGAACAUAAAUCGUGGGAAUCCCUUUCAAAAGGAAGUGGUAUUGGAUUCAUGGCCCAACUUCAAAGCUGUCAUCACCCGGCGGCAGAAAGAGGCUGAGACAGAUAACCUGGACCAUUAUACUAAUGCCUAUGCUGUGUUCUACAAGGAUGUCAGAGCUUACCAGCAGCUACUGGAAGAGCAAGGUGUUAUCAACUGGGACCAAGUCUUUCAAAUACAAGGGCUACAGAGCGAGCUGUAUGAUGUUUCCACAACUGUGGCCACCUCAAAGCAGUUGGAUGUAAAGCUAGCUUCCUUCAAGGCUGCUUUCUUUCCUCAACUUUCACCUCCUCUGGACACCAGUUCCCUAAUGAGUCUUUCCCUGAAGCUAAGCUGCCUGAGUGUUGCUGAUGCUGAUCUGCUCAACCAGACUUGGUCCCGGGGAGGCAACGAGCAGUGUCGCCGGUACAUUGCCAAGCUCAUCUCCUGCUUCCCCAGUGUGUGUGUCCGUGAUGACAAGGGGAACCCAGUCUCUUGGAGUUUCACAGACCAGUUUGCCACUAUGUGUCAUGGCUACACCCUGACAGAGCAUCGCAGGAAGGGGUAUAACAGGCUAGUGGCCCUCACGUUGGUCAGGAAGUUGCAAAGCCAGGGAUUGCCCUGCCAGGGCAACUUCUGGGAUGGCAAUGAGGCUUCCAUCGGCCUCUUGAAGAGCCUGCAUGGUGAGCUCCUGCCUUGUCGGUUUUUUAGGCUUAUUCUCACACCUGCAACUUUCUCUGGGCAAGUUCGCCCCUAGCCCAUUGGAACUCCAGGAAUUGUCUUCCUUGCUCCUAACAUACCCAUGGUACAUUCCUGAACGUACAUUCCUUAGCUGCCCUUGAGGGAAAAAUUAAAACUAGAAUCAGGAGAAUCUUAAAUUGUUGAAAAGCACCUGGAGAAGGCAAGCAGGAUUAGACUGAGAAUCCCUACCUCUCCCUGACUCAGGUUUCUAUAGUAAUGCCUCUAGGGCUCAGAGACAGUUGUGGCUAAAAACAAGGUAAUUAUCCUCCUUGGGGAUCCUCUGCAGAAAGAGGGUUCUAGAGCCAGCAGAUCUUAGCACAGGAGCAGACAUGACUACAUGAGAGCAAAUGAUUUAACAAGGGAGCAUGUGGCUACUGCUUUCUUGUUGCUGCUCGGGCUUCUGUUCUGUACUAUCACUACCACACCAGUUCCUUACGACUAUAAAUGAUGCUCCUGUGCCACUAGUAUCCUGUCUCCCCAAACUCUGUUCCUCCAGUCUCUGACCCAAGUUCUCUGUAGAAUAGCCUGCUUCUUUUCCCCUUUAAUCACUAUCUCUCCCCUUCCGCCUAGGAAUCCAGCCUCUAGUUCUUCCCUGGGUAUGUUUGAAGGCAGCGGUUCUCACAUUUAAUGCACUUCAGAAUCACCUGGAAGGCAGGAUACAACACGCAUGGCUGAGCCUCUCUCUCCCCCACAGUCUCUGAUUCAAUAAGUCUGAGGUCAGGCCUUAGAAUUUGUAUUUCUAUCAAGUUUCCAUUUCUCAGUUGCCUUGGAUGGAGGAAGGAGAAUAUGGACAUUUUAAAAGCUAGAAAUCAGUGAUAUCAGCCUAGGACUGGACAUUACCUGUCACCUAUUCCAGCCCACUUGUUGAUAAUCUGCUUUCUCAUGAGAAACUAAGAUGCAUAUACAGGUGUGUGUGGUGUAACUAUAAACAUAUAUACACAUAUAUGCAUAUUUCAUGUUUCUACAUGCCUAUGUACAUACAGAAUUUUGAUAAGAUCAUAAGCUAAUUCUCUCAUUACAUAUGAAGGUCUGAGGACCAAAGAAAAUAAAUGACUUCUUUAAGGUUAUAUCAAUAAUCACUGCUAGAGGCUGAGCCAGAAUGUUGUA